AUGGCCUGGCUCGGUGUCCUCACGUUCGAUCCGAAGGUCCGCACGAUAGAAUUCGAUGCGUGGCUCGACGAUCUACAGCUGUUCUUACUGAGCGAUUCCAAGGACGGAGUCUCACUAUUUGACCUCACGUCUGGCGCCUCUCUCGCCCCUACCGCCACAGCUGAUAGUACGACUCGCUCACAGUGGCUUACUCGUGAUGCUGCUGCUCGCUUAGCCGUUUGCAACCACCUGCCGUUAGCCGAAUGCGCUCACUUCGGACAGCAUAAGACUGCGAAAGCACUGUACGACGCUGUAGUCGCUCGUUACUCCUUCCCGGUCACUGCUGCUCAAGGCCGCCUUCUCUUGCCCUACCUGUUCCCAGAGCUGUCCGCCUUUGCCACAGUAGCCGACCUCGUCACUCACCUUCAUACUAGUGACACUCGCUACAGCGCUGCGCUUCCCGCCGAGUUUCUCACCAAGAACCCUCCUCCCAUAUACAUCACUCUCUACUUCAUAUUCACCCGCCUCCCUGACUCUCUUAGCACUGUCAGGGACCUCCUUCUGGCCGUUGACCCCACCACCCUCAGUGUCGACAUGCUCGAGAAGCACCUCCUUGCAGCUGAGAUUAGCAUAGUUGCUGUAGGCGCUUCUCGUGGCACUCCUCGCACCCCCUUCUUUGAGGGGUGUUCGCCCUCCCCCCUUCUCCUCUCAGUCGCCUCUGCUGCAGCUGUUGACUACCUUCGUGCUGAGGAGGUAGGAGCUGCGUCUGCCCCUAGUGGGAGGCGCCGUAGCGGCAGGGGCAGGGGAGGAAGGGGCGGUGGGGGCGGCAGAGGUGGAGGCGGUGGUGGGGGCGGUGGAGGCCGUGGAGGGGGCGGCGGUGGCGGAGGGAGUGGUGGUGGGAGUAGAGCUGUAGGUGGCGUCAGUGGUGGCGGCAAUGGCGGUAGUGGCGGCUGCAAUCAUGGCGGCAGUGGGAGUGGAGGCGGUGGCAGUGGGGCGGCUGGGGGUAGUGGUCCCUGCCCGUAUGUCAUUCGCACAGGGGCCUAG